CUGAUGCUGACGUAAAAUGUUAAAAUAUAUAUAGCAUCUUUGUUGUAGUGUUACCUCACAUGUUGACCACAGAGAAUGUAUUGAUAUGGCAUUCUUCCCUUGUUUCACAAAUCCCAUAAUCCUUUGAGACAACGCUUUGCCCAAUUACAACCAGGCAGCCUGGAGGAAGGAAAACAUCCCGAGAAGAACAAGCCAAGACAACACAACAAGAGAGAAUCAACGUUAAACUGAAACAGCUAAUGUUAUACGAGGUCUCUGGACUUCUCUUUAUCAUGAGAACUUUACAGAUCCACAGCCCACAUUCCCAUUGCAGUUGAUGAUCUGCAUCUGGUCCAGAUAUGACGGACAGUGUGAGGACCUUCCUGCGCAGUGUUGCAAUGGGGAUAAAGGACUCCAUUGUGGGGAUUGGGACAAUCUCCAAGCUUGAUGCCCGCAUAAAGCAAAAAAGGGAAGAGCAGAAGCGGAGAAGAACAAGUGGAGCUCUGGCACAGCGGAGAGCACAGAUUAAUGAGCGCAGGCCAGAGAGUGAACCAAAAUUAGCUAGCCGAAUCUUUCAGUGCUGUGCAUGGAAUGGGGGAGUAUUUUGGCUCAGUAUGUUACUGUUCUACCGAGUGUUUAUUCCACUCUUACAGACUGUAACUGCCAAAAUCAUUGGUGACCCAUCACUUCAUGGAAAUGUGUGGUCCUGGCUGGAGUUCAUUUUGACCUCUGUGUUUAGUGCACUCUGGGUGCUUCCCCUUUUUGUGCUUAGUAAAAUAGUUAAUGCCAUUUGGUUUCAGGAUAUAGCUGAUCUUGCUUUUGAAGUGUCUGGACGAAAGGCCCAGCCCUUUCCCAGUGUUAGCAAGAUUGUUGCAGACAUGCUCUUCAACCUCAUCCUCCAGGCCCUCUUCCUUAUUCAAGGAAUGAUUGUCAGUCUGUUUCCUAUUGAUGCCAUUGGACAGAUGGUUAGUCUCCUGCACAUGUCUCUGCUCUACUCUCUGUACUGCUUUGAAUAUCGCUGGUUCAACCAUGGUAUUGAAAUGCAUCAGCGGCUGUCAAACAUUGAGAGAAAUUGGCCCUAUUACUUUGGCUUUGGUCUACCUAUGGCUCUGCUGACUGCUCUUCCAUCCUCAUAUAUCAUAAGUGGCUGCCUGUUCUCCAUCCUAUUUCCACUCUUCAUCAUCAGCGCCAAUGAAGCGAAGACCCCAGUCAAGUUAUACCAUUUUCAGCUGCGCCUCUUCUCCCUGGUUGUGCUCAUCAGCAACAAGCUGUUCCAUAAAACAGUUAAUCUACAAUCCUCUCUGACAUCCUCUACCUCUUCUGAGAAAUUGCCUUCCCCUCACAUGUCACCAGUCCGUCAGCAGCCCAUGCCUUUUCAGUGACUCCCAGGAGUGAGAAUAUAGAGAGCACAAUCUGUCAAUUACUAAGGCAAUGAAGUAUUUAUGAGCCAAAAAGGAGGACAUAUUUAGUUUGCUGUCAUUUGGGAUUACACAUACUUUAAAUUCUCAGUAUACUCAGAAAAUGGAUUAAGCAAACAAUUCUAGACGCUAUCAUGUUACACUGAACAACCUCACAGUUCCUAACUGUGUGUAUGUGUGCCAUCUGAAUGGGUUUGAGUUUGGAAGAACAGCAUGGCCCACGUUCAACUUUUAGUUUGAGCCCAAAUGAUUGUUUAUGUUAUGAUUAACCUGUGGCCUUUUGAUUCAAUCUUAUGCUUUUUGUUUUCUCUCUCAAUAUGUCUUGCACGCCAAUAGACAAACUGUUGAACAGCAAGGUUUCUUUUGGCCUGUCAGCUAAUGUUACAGCGUUCCACUUGUGGCAGACAUUUAGCUUAAGAAGAAGACCUGGUCUACUGAAGAUAAUGUUAAUGUCAAAAGAAUUAAAGAAUUUGUAAGUGUUUUAUAUGUGUUAAUUGAUGUUUGUGAAAGAAGAAAAGGACCGCGUAAGAAGGGAGUCAGAUGUAGUGCAGAGCUAUUAUAACCAUGGUCAAAAUAGACUGUUCAGAAUGCGGUCCUGGGCUAGCUCUCAAUAUGCUCCCAAGCUCCCUAGGCAGUAAACGUACUGGGGGACUGUUACAGGGCUGUGAAAACGUGCCUAUAUAGAGAAUGGAAGUUGACUGGAAGUUUGCAGUUUUUCAGUGUCAGCAUUUUAACACUUACUGGUUCCAAAGAAAAAAAUCCCUAUGGAAAAGUGGGUGUGAGUGAGACAACCCUAGUAGAAAACCUAGGCAAACAGUUUAGUGAGUGAAAAUGUAGUUAUCAGUCGGUCUUUUGUAACAAAUUGUUGUCUUGUCUUGUUAAAAUAAAGAUGUUGCUACUGAUAUGCUAAAGUAGAAAAAGAAUGGCCUACAUUUUGUCGCUUGCCUCAGGAAACAUGAGGGACUCUCGAUCCCACACCCUGCGGUUUCUUAUGAAACUUAGAUGUUUUAGGCGCUAAAGUUGUAACAUUCAUUUAUUUUUUCACCAGAGUGGUUGUCAAAUCCUUAAGUAAUCGGUGUUUUUACUUAAAAUGACUUUGUGUUUGUUGUGAGAACACUUAUAAUCCCUGACUGGUAAAGCUAGCUAUGGUUAGGUUCUGAUCGCCUUGUGAAUUUGGUGAUGCAUUAAGCUAAGUGACUAGCCUUGUAGUCUGUUAUUUUUCGCUGGUAGCAGAGGGAUAGCAACAGACAUAUUUAAGAGACAUAAUGGAUGUACGGUGUAUACAGAGAUGACAUACACGUGCUUUUUAAUGAACAUAAUCGAAUGUGAAGUAUUUCAAGCAGUUAUUUAACUACCAUGGGUGUUAUCUUGUCGAAAUUCCAAAACCCCAGUCAUUCUCUCAGGGAUUUUCUUCUUAAAACCGGAACUUGCAAAAAUGCUAAUCUGCCGCAAACAAAAUGACGACAGUCACUCCCACACUCUAUAAUCAGAAUUAAGGGUAAUUGGAUACAGUAACCCAUAACUUAACGUGUGUACAACUGCCUUAAUAGCAUGUCAAUCUCAAUUCACCUAGCAGUUAAAGACCGGUAUCGCCAUGUACACAUGUUACGCGGAAGAGGAUAUACACUGGCUCUCACAGAAAUAGACAUGUUGAUAUGAUAAUUACAACAAUGAUGUGUGUGUAAGAGUUUGUUUUAUUGAUUUCUGUGUUAUUGUAUUUAUAUUUGCAGUGACUUACAAUAAUGAGUCCAGUCCUGAAACAAAGGUCUGUUGUUGACUGAAACACACGGCCCUCUCUUUUAUGACAUGGGUCAAGGAUACAGAUGCUUCCUUCAUUUCAGCUCUGUUUUAGUAUCUCUUAAGAUGCCACUGUUACUCUUAAAUGUGCAGACCACAAUCCAGGUGAAAGGUUGUUGAUAUUUGAGCUCCACAGCCAGUCAAAGUACACCCCUCCCUUCCUUUGGUAAAACAUUGUUGAUUGGAUGGAAUAGUAUGUGGCUUGGUCCCAGCCACUUUGUUUUCCAUUUGCAGACCCAGGACUGUGUACACAUUCAGAAUGGAAAGAACCACGGACUGCUCCUUUAAGCAAGAUCUCUGCAUACCACAACCUCUACUCUCUAAUCCUCCAUUGUAAGAUAGCCCUCAAGCUAAUAACUGUCAUUUUUUUUCAGUUUGCAAACACGCUGAUAGAAAAGGUACUUGUUCAGUUUCUGUUCGUUUUGGAGAAGUGAUCUGAUGUGAUGUCAGUUUGGGUAAAAGAAUCUUCGACUUCUUUGAACUAGUCUGGGAAGGUGAAGCUACUUUCUCCUCCCUUCAUGCACACAGAUGCAAGAAUAAAGCCUUGAUUUUCAAUUGAU